AUGCCUGUCGAUAUCCAGGCCAAUUUCAUGACAGAACGUAUUCAAGACAAGUUCGUCGCAAAGGCAGCCUGGACGGCAAAUACUGUCUUCUUUCCUUCUGACUCUGAUAACUUACCGACGUCGUACAUCCCGGUCGUAUCUACCUUCAUUGAUCACCAGAAAGUUGAAGUCGGCAAUUACUACAUGGUACAGUUGAAGAGCUGCGAUGGUACCAUCCAUGAAGCGGUCAUUUACGUUCACUCCGUCCACUAUCCCCAAGAUCCUCCUGACGAAGCGUCGAACGGCGCGGUGCUAGGCCUAUCUCGGUACAUCAAAUGGAUCCUUGUCCAUCCUGACGCGCCCGAUGACGGUCUCUUUCUUCUGUUUACAGGAGAUGAGCUCAGGAUCGGAAUUCGCUGGGACUCAGAGACGUUCAGUGCAAGAGCGAUUGUCAAAGUCCACGAAUAUGUGCAGGUCACCCAUAAACUGGAGUCAGCCACUACUGGUGCCACUCGCCGUUUUAUUUGUAACUGGGCUCUUCAGCACACCCGUGUGUGCAAACCAGGAACUAUAGAGAGUUUCGUCGCAGUUCCCGAGGACCUUGGUACUCGAAAACUUGGGCUAAAGAAAUUCACCCCGCACAGAAUAGAUUCUCUAAAUUUCGGCGACCUGUUUUGUGGAGUCGGAGGCGCGUUUUGCGGUUUCAAAGAUGCUGGCUUUACUUCUCAGUUUGGCGCCGAAGCAAGCGACGCAGCAGGAGAAGCUUUUCGGGUAU